UUAUGUUUGUUAAUGCAACUGUCAACAAAGUAUGAUAACUUUGAUUCGUUAAUAACAUUAUUUAGUACACUCUCGAUGUGAGGAAUGAAGAAUAAAAAGGUGAAACCCUCAAAGGGUGUAAGCAACCGAAAAAGAGUGCUCAGUGAUGUGUCUCCAUCCACCAGCAUUCCUCCUCUGGUGGAGGGUCAGCUGAGAUGUUUUCUGAGAGUGACAGUGAGUAAAGUGCUGUGGACCAUCACCAGACCUCCUCCUGUGACUCUGAUCAGGCUCAGAUGGUGGGGAGAGUCUUCCAGUGGCACCUUCUUCAGGCCUAGAGAUGGACAUGUUGAACAGAAAGGGGUAAAAUCGACUGCCCGCUUUCCAGUUCGAUGUGGACCCAAACAGCUGACUUCUUAUUUGACAGAUAUGGGCUCAUUGGUGCUGGAUGUGCUUACAAAGGUUGAUCAUUUGCCUAUAGCUCGAGCUCAAAUCCCUGGGAUCGCCCGGCUUUCUUUGUCUCACUCCAUAAAUGGAUAUUUCACUCUUGUUUCCCCGUCAUCAGAAAAACUUGGAGAGCUACAGGUCACACUUGCCCUAGAAGCGUUAACAGAGGGAUAUGACAGCAGUAGUUCAGUACCCACGACUGAUAUGAGCCUCGACGCACAGGCUCCUGGAGUAACAACUGACCAGAACAUGCCUGCACAUUCAUCCAUGGAUCAGGCUCUCCCGAGUGUGAAGGAGACAGCUGGCAGCAGCUCUGGCCACAUGCCUAGAGGGAAGGAUUACUUGUAUUUUCAAGAAAACAAUAACGUCAUACCAGAUUCUUCUACUGGAAAACCUAAACCUGCUACCACCCAAACUCUUUCAGCAAAUAGCCACGCACCUGUUAACCUUUUGUCAGUUCUUCUGGAGCGUGGCAGCAAACUGAGAAAUGCCAUGGUGGUUUCAGCCUUAAAAUCUGAUGUGGAGCCAGAUGUUCCUCUGAAGGACAUUCCCCUGCCUCUCUCCAAAGACAACACUGAUGUCUUGCCAGCCAGGCCCUCGUCAGGACAGUUUCUGGAGAACAUCCUUCAAGCAGAACACCAACAUCCUGUUCACUACCUUGAAGAGCCAAGUCAGAAUAGAGUCAACCCAGAGGACAUGGCUGUGGAUUUGCUGCUGGGAAGUGUUAAUGGAUCUGUGCUGCAGUUCUGGGAUGGAGAGGGUUCUUUCCCAGAUUCUCUUUCUGAUCAUAGUAGUGUGCUCAUGGACAGUGAGCUCAACGACCCUCAAUAUGAUCAGAGUCUUCUGGAGAACCUCUUCUACAAAGCUCCUAUAUCAGAUGAAUGUUUGGAAGAGGAGCAUCAAAAGAAAGAUCCAGCAGAGAAGCCAGUACAUACAAGACCAACUAAAAAUGCCCAACUUGAUUCUGAAGAUGUGCAGCAUUCAGAAGCAGGAGAUGAUUUCUCUGGACUUGGCAUGGAUAUAAUAGCUUUACUUGGAGAUAUUCAUUUUGCCAGGGUCACCAUCAGUGAGUUAAAAGUUUCCACUGAGAGUAUUUCAAGAAGUCUCUCUAAAAAAGGAAGACCACCUCGCCCCCUCACCACAAAGAAAUGCUUUUAUAUCGUAGAGUACCUCUUUCCACUGGUCUCUGCUGGGUUUGAGGAUGUUCAACGUGUACCUUCAGAGAUUACAAAAGUUGUCUCUAGUAAAGUAACAGAGGGCGUUGUGAUGUUUCAGCACCAAAGUUUGUUUCCAGUGAGGUUCAGUAGGUCAUCUAUUAAACAAUGGUGGGAGAUGAACGUCACAUUCAAGAUCUACUCCAGAAAUAACCUUCAAAAGACACCCAUUCUCAUUGGAUCAGCAAUGUUUCCACUGAACUCCCUGAUGCAGAGUGAAUCGCUGAGCAUUUCUGCUGCCCUUCCUGUUCAAAGACCGGAUGGAAACAUUGAUAAACAAGCAGUUGGUCCUCUGAAGGUUUCAUUUGAAUUAGCAGCAGACAAAAAUUAUUUCUCCACCAAAAAGAGACCUGCAAAACGAAUGCUGAGUCCAGCAAGACCUCCUCCUUCCCAUUUGACUGAAGAGCAUGAUGGGCCAAAGGGUUUAUGUGUGACUGACCACAGGAGAGACCCGUCUCCUAGUGCAAGUGUUCAUCAAGUCCAGAGUAUCCUGAUACCUCCAACCAGAUCACGAUCCACAUCACCACACGUCAGAUACCAGAGCUCUCUUCAUGAGCCUCUGCAGCAGGAAGUGGAGGAGACUGAGAUUUUGCUUCAUAUGUUGCUCAUGGUGCCUGAUGGGAAAGAUUUUAACUGUGCACCCAUGCAGCCCAACAUCUACUUGAACUGUAAGCUCCUCGGAUCCGAUGAAACCGCUCGGUCGACAGUGAGCUGGGGUCAAAAACAUCCAUCGUUCAGCUUUAUUCAGGUGGCUCCAGUCACACUGACCAGCAAACUUUUGGAGAGAAUGAAGAACAACAUGAUGGUCAUUGAAGUUUGGUUGAGGGCCAGUAGUUCAAACCAUGAUAAACUUCUUGGUUUGGUAAAACUACCUCUUCACCAGUUCUACAUGUCCUUCAGAGACCCCAAGAUCACAGAUCUGCUCUUGCAGUCUCAGUAUCCAGUGGUUGGAGUGGAUAGUUUUAUGCCUGUGGUUGAUGUGUUCAGCGGCAGCACUCGUGGACACCUCAGGGUGUGUCUAGCAAUGGGUCUAGCACAGCAGAUCACGGCACUGCAGCGAAUGAGGGAUGAUGAGCUGACCCACGUAUCACCGCUGCCUCGACCAGCGCACAUGUUAGACCACCGGCCACAUGUAGAAACCAAGGCCAGUACCACUCUGGAUGUUCUGCGUGAGCAUGUCUUCAUGGUCCGAGUAGAGCGAGUAAAGGGUCUGACGCCUCUGCAGUCCACAGUGUGGGGAGAAGCUGACUGUUACAUCCAGUACUCCUUCCCUGCACAAAAUGAGUCGAGAGAGGACACGGACCCACAUGUCGUUGAGAGCAAUGUGGAGCUCAAGGCCUACCGCACUGAGACCACUCUCUGUGUGCCUGACCCCGUGUUUGGACAUAAUGAGACUCAUGUCCUGCUGGCUCCUCCUGACGUCCCAGUGCAAAGAAUACUGCUGAGCUCACUGGCCAGUCAAGGGCUGAGGAACGGAGGAGGGGUGCACUUUGAGGUUUGGUGCAGGUAUUAUUAUCCAAAUGUUAGAGAUCAGCUAGUAGCCAGAGGACUGCUGCCCAUGUCCAAACUGUGUGCCAUGGUAACCAUGCAGAAACAGGGUCAAACCGAUGCACAACUUUUCUCCCUUCCUCUGGUACCAAGAACCGACCGACCUGUCGACACACAGCCUCAGCCCCCUGGGCUGCUUGAAGUGAGUGUUCAGUACAAGUCUCGACCAAUGAAGAGUGUGGGAGUGAAGAGUGGGGUUGUGCCGUCCCGCAGAGUGAUGCUGGUUGUGCAGGUGCACAGAGCAGCCGGUCUACAAGCUGCAGCCAAAGCUCUUGCAGAUGCAGACAGCUCACUGCUGUAUUACUCUGAAGUGGGGCUCAACUCCUUCAUCACCGUGCAGUUGUCCUUCCUGCCGGACAGUGAGGUUCGAAGUACACGUGUGGCGGCCCGAAGUUUCUGCCCAGAGUUUGAACAUCACGCCGAGUUCUGCUGUAACCUGCUGGUGCAGAGAGACAGCAGGGAGAGUGUCAGUCUGGCUGAACUCCUGCAGGAGGCAGUGGCCGUCUUCACCAUUUACAACAGAGACACACGCAAAAUGGCUGAUACCACAAGAUCGAAGGACACUGUCUUGGGCACUGUGAAAAUUAGACUUGCAGAUCUGAUUCAUAAAAGAAGUGGCAUAUCUGGCUGGUACAGUCUCUCUCUACCUCAGAGCACAACUUCAUCUCACAGUCUGACCUCAGCAGGAGGACUUGAAGUCUCCAUCAGUUUUUCCCAUCAUGCAGAUAGAGAGCGAGUCAUCAGUUCAGCCCGUGGACUGGGAUGGGACGUGGGGCAAGACAGUGAAGAUGAGGCAGAUAUAGAGGAUGAAGUCACUUUGGAAGAAAGCACAAAGUCUCUGGCAUUAUCACUAUCCAUGCCUAGAGCGUGGCUGCCCAUCCAUUGCCUGCUGCUGCCAGGACAUGAAGACUUACAGCGUUCCACCUACUGCUACUACAGAUACAAACUCUACAACCAGCAGACCUUCUGCUCUGAACUUAGACAUCCCGUUCCAGACGAGAGUGAAGGAGAAGAAGGUUUAGCCACCGUGGCAUUUCAGGGGAGCAAAAGCGUGGUGCUGAGGAGGACUCAACCCUUGCGCUGGUACCUGAGGGAGGAGAGGAUGGAGGUGCAGGUGUGGGUGGCCUUUGGGAAGGAGAAGAGAGUCCGGCCUCAUAACGCUGACCGUCUGGUGGGCUCUGCUUUUGUUGAUCUCUCUGCUCUUGCUGGGACCUUGAAGCACCAUCAAACAAUCAGUGGUGUGUAUCCUUUGUUCAAGCGCUCUGCUGUAAACCUGAGUGGCGCUGCUCUCAGAGUCCAUAUCACUGUCACAACAGACUGUGUACCACAUGAGCCUCAAGCCCCUGAGGAGCUCAACAGCUCAGGAGAAGAUGAGGAGGAUGGAGGCCUCCCCACCACAGUGCUGUCAAGACCAUUUCAAUCCCCCAGCAGACAGCUGAUCAAAUCAACCAUGAACACUGAAGCUCCACCAUCCAAAGAGAUCAACAAUGAAGACACCUUCAUAGCCAACAUAACUGUGGACAGAGCCAUGCAUCUGAGCCUGAAGGGUUGUCCUCUCGCUGAGCGUGGUGGAGGAUUGCCUAGUUGCUGUGUUUCUUACGCCAUCGCCGAUGCCCCGGGCACAGUGACCACAGCACUCAUCAAAGACAGUGACUGCCCCGUGUGGGACCACCAGCAAGAAUGCAGACUGUCGAAGGAGCUACUUUUGGAUCCUCAGCAGUCCUUGGUUUUCAAAGUUUGGCAUAAAGGAGAGGUUGAGCGGGUGAUUGGAUUCGUGUCUGUUGACCUGUCACCACUUCUGUCAGGAUUUCAGUCAGUUUGUGGCUGGUAUAACAUCACUGAUUUCAGCGGGCAGUGUCAGGGGCAGCUGAAGGUCUCUGUGUCUCCUCUGAGGGCAGUGCAGGAAUUCCGUGCACAAAGACUGCCUGCCCACGAGGCCGCUGCUCCAGACUCAAGUGUAAGCCAUUUACAGCUAAACCUUUCUUAUUAUUUUCAAUGUUGAAAAAGUUUUUGUUUUCUACAUAUGCAAAUACUAUUCGGUCGAUUCUCAGAGCAGAGGAUCAGCACGCCUCCUGAUCAAUUUGAAAGACUGCUCUCUGACAGGUACAGUGUGACAGAUCGCCACGAUGAGCAUAUGGACAACAUAAGAAUGUUCCAUCAGAGUUUGCAUGAGGAAGAGAAAGCGUCCCAGUCCUCCUUCGCUGGAGAUUCCCACCCAUCCAGUUCAGCACUCUUUUCUGCCCUCAGGAAAAACCUCAGUGAGCUGGAUGAUAUUCAAAGGUAUUUCAGCCGAAAGUUGUCCACUCCAGCCUUCCCAAAGCUGAGUGAGCUGAGAGGAACCUCCAGGCUGGAUGAGCAUAGAGACUCAGAGACAGACACCACUCGACUGCUACUGAAGUCAAGUCAGCUGGUGGGAGAGGUCAAUAACAUCAUAAAAGGCUUAAGUGAACACCAGACAGAAGAGGCUACAACUAGCCAUAAAAGCUCUGCUACUCUUGAUGUGGUUGAGGAGCACUUAACAUCUGGAGUAGAUCAGCUGAUAUUAUCAGAGUCUGAUAGCUGUGAGAUAGAGCCACGCUUUCAUAAGGAAUCAGACAUGAUGUCGGAGGAUGAAGAUGAAGUCUCGCCCAUCAGCUCUCCAGCUCCAGCAGAGAUCAGACAGUCACCAGCUGCUGCUGAAGAUGAAAAGCUCCACCACCGCUCCAGCGAUCACUCAUCUGAUGAAGAGGAAAAAGAUGAGGAUGAGCAUGAAGACUUUGAGGAAACUUUAAUACAGCCCCGCACACUCAAUGAGGUCACUUCAGUCACAGACAGAACCAGCCCUUGGACCAGCCUACUGUCUGACCCAGAUAUGGGAUCUCUGGAGAGUCUGGAGUUAGUGCAGCAUCACGCUCAUGAUGACACCAUGCACACUCAAGGAGAGGAAAGAAACAGCAGAGAAAUUCUUCCAGACUUUAACCCGCAGUCAUUGACUGCAGAAUCACAAGCUGUUGAUUCUGAUUCCGAUAUCUGUGAAAGAUCUGAAACUGAUCUCGAUACAUGUAGGAGUGACGGUGCUAUUGCCACAGACCAUCGGGAACAGCAAUCUUCUCCAGAUGGUCUGGAUGGAGAUGGUGCUCUUUCUAGUAUUAGUGAGGUGGAAGAUUAUGAACAAAGUAAUAGUGAACCUGAAGAAAGCGAUGAGAGACCAAACUUGCCUCCCUCUGCAGAGUCUGGUUCUGAAACAGAUGAUAAAAGUGAUGAGAGAACAGCAAAACCUUUGGAAUCUGUAGAGAUUCCAAAUUUCUUCCUGUCGGCUCACCAUCUGGAGGCGUCCAUGAGGGCUUUGAGGAUGGCACCUGUCUUUCCAUUGGCAACAACUGAAUCUGAGACUGUAAAUCCUGGAAAUCUAUAUAGAAGAAUGCCUCGAUCAAGACCAAGCAUCCCUCCAUCACAGAGAAGUGAAGAGACUAGAAGAAUUGCAAAAAUAUUUGCUUCGAAAUUUACAGAAGAAAGUUAAUACAUUCAUUCAAGAUUUCUGUGUUUGUUUUCAUUUUUUUAUAUUUAAAGUAUGUGAUUGGGAUCCUUAUUUAUUUCUUACAUGAUGCAAUAUGGUAUACUUUUUAACAGUAAUUUUAAUAAU